AUGGCGACAAUGUCGACUGAUGCAGAUGCUGCAUGGCAUUCACUUGGGGGUGCUGCGGCGAACGGUGAAGUGGCUGUAGCUGGAAGUGUUCCGCUACACCAUAAUCAUAAUCAUCAGCAACUGCAGCAAAACUUACAACAACAAUUGCAAGCUCAACAAUUGCAGCAACAGCAAUUACAACAAAGUCAACUUCAGCUGCAUCAGCAACAGUUGCAGCAACAACAAAUUGAGCAUAACGCAGCUGUGAAAGCGCUUGCUGAAUUUGAGGAACGAAUGAAAAUGGCGGCUGCCGCUGCACCCGCUGCAGUUCCUUCGAGUUCGACAGCAAAUCCAGCUGCGUUUUGGAAUGGAGUGGACCCGAAUACGAUGGCCGUUUUGGCGCAAGCUCAGAUGGCUUCCACACACGCUCAAUUUUUCUCAAUGCUAUCUCUUGAUCCAGCUUUAUUCACUCAGUUUUUAGCGGCACAUUCGAUGCCACAAAUUCCACAACCAUUAGUUCAUAAAAAAGGUUCGAAAUGAAAAUUAUAAAAAUAUGGGAGCCACGGGACACAUUUUCUAAAUGAAUAAAUAUAAUUUAUAAUUCAAUUAAUUUUUGCAGCGGAAAUGGAGCUUCGUGUGGGAAACAAGUUUCGCCUUGGCCGCAAAAUUGGCAGCGGAUCAUUCGGCGACAUUUACCUCGGUCAAAAUAUUCAGACGAAUGAAGAGGUGGCGGUGAAGUUGGAGUGUGUGAAGUCGAAACAUCCACAACUGCACAUUGAAUCUAGACUAUAUCGAAUUAUGUUGGGCGGCAUCGGAAUUCCCGAAGUCAGAUGGUGUGGCCUUGAGGGCGAUUACAAUGUUAUGGUUAUGGAAUUGCUCGGUCCAUCGCUGGAGGAUUUGUUCAAUUUUUGUCAGCGAAAAUUCACGUUGAAGACGGUUUUAUUGCUGGCUGAUCAAAUGGUGAGAUUUUUUUCUUUUCAUUUAACGCGAUCAAGAUGAUCAAAAAUUUUACCGACCUGAUUUUUGAAGUUCUGUGGUCAAACGUUAUCUGAAAAAAAUUCAUAUUCAACCUGAACCACAAUUUUUGGAGGUUCUCUUUCUUCAAUAAAUUUUAUCAAACAUUCCCCUCAACACAAACAAUUUGCAGCUUUCUCGAGUCGAGUUUAUUCAUAUGCGUGAUUAUAUUCAUCGUGAUAUCAAACCGGAUAACUUUCUUAUGGGUCUUGGAAAACGUGGUAACCUAGUAUAUAUAAUCGAUUUUGGAUUGGCAAAAAGAUACAGAGAUAGUAAAAAUGUGCAUAUUAGCUAUCGAGAAAACAAAAACCUGACCGGAACUGCACGAUAUGCAAGUAUCAAUACACAUCGAGGAAUUGAACAGUCUCGACGAGACGAUAUUGAAUCUCUCGGUUAUGUAUUUAUGUAUUUCAAUCGUGGAACACUUCCAUGGCAGGGAUUAAAAGCGGUGACGAAACGACAAAAAUAUGAGCUGAUAUCGGAACGAAAAUGCUCGACAAGAGUUGAGGAUUUGUGUGCCGGAUAUCCAGGUGAGUCAAUAUUUCUGGCAUUAAACAAUUUACAAAUCUCAUAAUCCUUUCUGAUUCAUUAACAAGAAAUGGGAUUUGUGAAAAUAUAAUUCAAUCAGAAACUAAUCUAAUCCAAUUCAAUUGUUUAUUUUUUUCAGAAGCCUUUGCUGCAUAUUUGAACUAUUGUCGUGGACUUGGAUUCGAAGAAUCACCGGAUUAUUCGCAUCUUCGACAAUUGUUUAGAAAUUUGUUCCAUCGACAGGGAUUCUGUUAUGACUAUGUGUUUGAUUGGAAUACGUAUAAGUAAGUGUUUUGCAUCAAUUUUGAACAUUUUACUACUAACGAAAAUCCGGUUUCAUAUUUCACAGAUUUGAUGAACAAUGUUUUUAGGAAAUGUAAAAGGUUAAUACUUUUUUUGAGCACAUUUUUAGUCGUUGUGAUGUUAUCUUUCUGCUUGCCUGAUGAUUCUUUUAGUAAUUUCUAGUAGCUUCUGAUUGAUUUUUCUAAUUUAGUUCUGUACGGAAAAAAUCAAAGAGGUCUACACUAUUCUUUUUUGGAGUCUGGUUUGUACAACCGUAUUUCAAGCACAUUUUCAAUCUUCUCCGAGCCUCUAUUUCCGUACAGAAUCUCUUUUCAAAUUCUGUUCUAUCAAUAUAUAUUGCAGAAUUUUCAUUUUCUCAACAAUUAUUUUUCCAGAUUCCGUCGCCCGAAUGGUAUCUAA